GAUGACAAUGAAGAUAAUUCAAAUGACGGGACCCAGCCAUGCAAAAGGAGGCGGACGGGCUCCGGAGACAGCUCCCGGAGCUGCGAGGCCUCCAGCCAGGACCUCAGUGUCGUCUAGCCAUCACCACCACCCAUUUCCAAAACGUUCUCACUACCAAAAGCAGAGACUGCACGACCAUCAAGCACUAGAAGUUCUCGUUUCCCUGCUCCCCAGCCCCUGGCAGCCAGCACUGUGUCAUGAUGAAUGCGUAUUUGAGGCACCUGGUGGAAGUGGAAUUAUACUAUGUUCAUUUUGUGUCUGGCUGUGUCUUCAAAGCACAUCCAUGUAGUAGCAUGGAUCAGACUUCUCUUUACGGCUGAACGAUGCUGCGUUGUAUGGAGCUUUAGCUACUACCCAGCAGAAAACUUGAUCGAGUACAAAUGGCCGCCCGAUGAGACGGGGGAGUACUGCAUGCUUCAGGAGCAGGUCAGCGAGUACCUGGGGGUGACCUCCUUCAAACGGAAGUACCCAGAUUUAGAGCGACGAGAUUUGUCUCAUAAGGAGAAACUCUACCUGCGAGAGCUAAACGUCAUCACAGAGACGCAGUGCACCCUAGGUUUAACUGCAUUACGCAGUGAUGAAGUGAUUGAUUUAAUGAUUAAAGAAUAUCCAGCAAAACAUGCUGAGUAUUCAGUUAUUCUGCAAGAGAAAGAACGCCAGCGCAUCACGGACCACUACAAAGAGUACUCGCAAAUGCAGCAGCAGAAUACGCAGAAAGUGGAAGCCAGCAAAGUGCCCGAGUAUAUCAAGAAAGCCGCCAAGAAAGCCGCGGAGUUCAACAGCAGCCUGAACCGGGAGCGCAUGGAGGAGAGGAGGGCCUACUUCGACUUACAGACACACGUCAUCCAGGUGCCUCAAGGGAAGUACAAGGUGUUACCAACAGAGCGGACCAAGGUCAGCUCCUACCCGGUGGCCCUCAUCCCCGGACAGUUCCAGGAAUAUUACAAAAGGUACUCGCCGGAUGAGCUGCGCUACUUGCCACUGAACACGGCUCUGUACGAGCCGCCGCUGGAUCCGGAGCUGCCCGCGCUCGACAGCGACGGCGACUCGGACGAUGCCGAGGACGGGCGCGGUGACGAGAAGAGGAGGAACAAGGGCACUUCGGACAGCUCCUCCGGCAACGUGUCCGAGGGCGAAGGCCUUCCCGACAGCCAGGAGGAGCCUCUCCCGGGGAGACCGCGGCCCAAGGACAAAGCGGCCACACCGAGGAAGGACGCUGCCAAGCGCUCGGUGCUGCCCAAGUCCGCCCCCGGGUACAAGCCAAAGGCCAUUCCCAAUGCUCUAUGUGGAAUUUGUCUGAAGGGUAAGGAGUCCAACAAGAAAGGGAAGGCUGAACCUCUUAUACACUGCUCCCAGUGUGAGAACAGCGGCCAUCCUUCUUGCCUGGAUAUGACCAUGGAGCUUGUUUCUAUGAUUAAGACCUACCCAUGGCAGUGCAUGGAAUGUAAAACUUGCAUUGUGUGUGGACAGCCCCACCAUGAAGAGGAAAUGAUGUUCUGUGAUGUGUGUGACAGAGGCUACCACACGUUCUGUGUGGGCCUCGGUGCUAUCCCAUCAGGUCGCUGGAUUUGUGACUGUUGUCAGCGAGCUCCCCCAACACCCAGGAAAGUGGGCAGAAGGGGGAAAAACAGCAAAGAGGGAUAAAAUAGUUUCUUGACCCCAAUACUGUAAUAUGCAUUUAAGUGAAUUAUUUGGUGCCAACUUAUUUCCAGUUCUCAUUUUUAUGCCAAUAAAAGAUUUUUGAAAUGAA